UUAAUAUUAUCUCAAUUGGUUCUUCGUCAACCGUGAAGAUGUGUUAUUAGUCUGAAAUAUAAAUGGGUAAUUUUUUACAGUCAUAUUUUUUAAUUUCCAACAGAAUCGUACGACAAAAGAAAUAAUACUGCUGCAAGCACAACACUGACUAUAAUUUACGGAAUGUGUUUUGCAGCCCAUUACGAUUCCAGCAAGUAAACGUUGCUCAAAAAUGCUCCUCACGAUCGAUUAUCGAUAGCGGGGUACAACCGUCGAUCGACGUUCACCACUUGCAGUGUUAGUGCAGUAUUAUAAACCGAUACACAUACACAUAGACAUGCUAACAAAAACCAACCGUAGUGAGCAAUGUUCGCGAAUGCAAAUUUAAGUUACUGUACUUAGUUCUCCGUGAUAUCAAUACGAGUGAGACGUACACCUCUAACUUCCCUAACACCACCAGUACAGCGCUAUAAUCUACGAAGCUACGUAUAGGUGAGGCAUUAUGGAAAUACGCUCCAAUGACACCGAAGGCAGCACACAAUAACAACGCGCCAGUCAAUGCGCCCAGCAAGAUCAUCCGCUUGGCCCGAUCGGACCCGGCAAACCGGGAAGUCGUGCUUGGGCCCAAUAUGGAAACACAAUCGGCUAGAUCAUAAACGCCACCGUGUUCGCCUGUGACUGAAAGCCCUCGACUGGAUGCAAUAAAGUAGUGUGCAGAACGUUGCCAUCCAGCACUGUGGUGUUGUUCCGCUAGACGAGAUUUAAGUGAAACGACUUCUAGAAAUGAAAUAUACAUUCGUUAUUUCUUUGUGGCAACGUAGAGAGCACCAAACAAAGAGUUAGCAACCAUAAGAAUCUCGGUGCGGAAAUGUCCAAAUACAGGAAUAUAUGUAUACAUAGCUAUCUUUCCGCCUUGCACAAAAUUUACAACACACCAGAUUAACCGUACACUUCUGUCCAGCACGGUAAAUUUACUUGCUGAGAGGCAAACCUGAUCCUGAACAAAGAGCACUCAUUGCGGCUCCUAAAGCAGAGAUGCUGAGAUGGAUCGCGAAGGGAUCGUAAUUCAAUUCGAUCCACUACGACGGUAAGGUUUGCUGCGCGACGAAUUGCAAUUCUGCAAUGCGUUGCUUCAAGUUCAUGAUGCUUCUCCACUAGCCGUCCACACUGGCUAUGACAUUUAUUGAAUAAUCUGUCUGCUAUUAGGGCCAACCGACGUCACACCUCGACCGGAACGGUUGAGCGCGCACACAAAAUUGCAGCAGCCCUCUCCUCCUGCUGCCUGCGACUUGUCUAGAGAAGCCCCGGAUCGUCAAUCCAAGAUCAAGCACGAUCGUAGCGAACGGUUCCAUAAUCAACCUCUCGCCGUGGGUAAGAGCCAGUGAUGAAGCCUACCGGCGGCUGCUGGGGAGCAAAGCGCAGUCGGAUUUAGUGUUGCAUCGGUUGCAUCGAAGCUUUCCUCGCCACGGUCCCUCUGCCACCCAAUCGUCGUCGACACCGAGAGCUCGGCAGUGGAACACAGCAACCAUUCGAUAUUACCGCACACGCUCGUAAAUGGACGCGUAACUAACAGUCAGUCGCUUUCUCUUGUGAUUGGCGAAAAAAAUAACCUCCCGCUCCCCUCAGCGAAUCACUCUGAAGGGCAGGAAAGUGCUGAAAUGGAGUGAGAAGGGGAAGGGGAGUAAUUGCAAAACGGGCGUUUGCUCCGAUUCAAAAUUGCAUCCAAGGGUAGGAGGCCAGCCAACCUGGCUGGCUGUUACAGUGCCACGUAACGCGAACCGGUCAACUGUACAACGAAAGCUUCUGAGCGAUGCGAAAAAAAACUGUAGUCAGGCAACCCGCUACUUGCAGCAAAACCCAUUCCUCCCCUGCAAAAGACGUGGUGCGCUCCAGUGGCCUGCUAACCGUGGCAUACUGGGUUGUCUCGAUGUAAAUGUCGACAUCGUGGGAGGUUUAUGUUGCGGACUGGUGGUGGUGGUGAUGGUGGUGAUGUUUGUUGUUUCCACCUCCACGUACCACGCAGUUCACACUCUCCACAGCGUGCCUCAGUUGCGGCAUUUACUUUGCGAACAUGAUCACACGAUCGAAUUAUGUCAUCGGUGCCUAGACGUUGAGGCAGCGAAUAACUGGAAAUGCUUUACGCUAUGCAAAAAAGCUCAUUAAAUGGCUAAUCCUAUGACACAGCAGGUGCAUCUCAGCUGGGCAUCGUUGCAAUACAGACAUAACCUAAUAUUGCAGAGGAUAUGAUUCUUCUUCUUUGGCUCAACAACCGAUGUCGGUCAAGGCCUGCCUGUACCCACUUGUGGGCUUGGCUUUCAGUGACUAAUUGAUUCCCCCCAUAGCAGGAUAGUCAGUCCUACGUAUGGCGGCGCGGUCUAAUUGGGGAUUGAACCCAUGACGGGCAUGUUGUUAAGUCGCACGAGUUGACGACUGUACUACGAGACCGGCUUGAGAGAGAUAUGAUUAUUUUACUGAAAAUCCCAAACAAGAAUUCUGAAUACGGUACACUAGUAUGUCUACAGCACAAAAUGUUGUUAAAUUCUAAGCUUCUUCACUAAAAAUACAAGACCAUGAUAUCCAGUCUGUUCACACAAACGGUGCAAUUUAAUUUGCAAUUCAGCCAUGAAACGUUGUUUGCAUACAUCUCAUUGUGGAGUUAUCGUCAAAGUGAAAUUGACGUUAGACAGCACCAACAUUUCCCAUGUUCUUGACGAGAAUCCGGGACCGUAUUGACUAUAAAACUAGCCCAGCCAAAUGCCAUUUGUAUCCAUUCUCUUACUGCCAUGCUACAGAUGCGGAUCAUCUCUGUUCCACUACUUUCAGCGGCGGUUUUGUUGCAACCGCUGCUGGCAGCUCCGAUAUUUUGGUUUCUGCCGUGGAGUUUCCCUGCACUGUCUCCAACCACCACUACUUUGGCGACCACUUCCGGGACGGCGGCAUCGAGUGGCGCUUCCAAUUCUUCGAACGUGUCGGUCGCAAUCGGAAACCGCGUGAACACGUCGACCGGGCUCGAUGACUACGGCACGAACAUAACGAACGUCCAGAUAAACGUCAACCGUAUGCGAAGAGCUGUCACCGACGCGGAUUUGGCCAAGCUUGAACGAAAACUGCGUCAAGCGGCCGAUGAAGGGUCGACCAAUGGAACGGUUAUAACCAUUGGCGAGCAUACGAUUCGGCUGCCGCACAACAUAUCCAACCUCACCGUCAAUACGUACCUCAUCAACGGAAUUCCUGAGAAUUAUAUGAUGCUGGCGGACACUGGUAGCGCGACCAUAAAUGCCAACGAAACGUACACUCCGCUACUAUCCGCUAUUAGACUUUUUAAGAACUUUUUCUCUUCCCUCUUCAGUAAACAAGGCUCACAAACUUAGCGUUCGGUGACGUUAGCUGUGACCAAGAAACUAAAAAUGUACUCCAUAAGUUUUGUUCGUGAAGUUAAAUGCAAUUCACACAGCGCACCUUUUAGCAACUAGUACUAACUGUUAGCAUACAUUAUAAUUCAAAGAAAACUAAAAAAAUGCGGCAGCGACACUUGCCACACCGCUGUGUUCCAACUUUAGUUCUGAUCUAUUUCCAAUUCUCGCAUACGGUCGUACGGCACACGCGCAAAGCUGAUACAAAACAAGCGCAACAGCAAUAAAGUAGAAGCACACUUAAAAGCCGGCUCACAGCAGAGUACAACGGUUUGGUGGAAAUGCAGUGUGGAGUGCGAUGUGUGCAAGAUGUUGUUUGCAAACAUCAACCCCAAAGGGGGAGGAGAAAUACAAACGUGUUGACGUACACAGCAGCGCGUCGUUACAGAAACAGCGAAAGAAUUAGAAGAUCGCACGAUCAGAUGCGUUGCUAUUUUUAAGUGACACGUUGCUUCUUGCGAAAAUAAGGAAGCGAAAUUGCUUACUUGAACGAUCGCAAGGGUUUCGUACCAACAAAAAGAGAACGUGAAGUGGAUGUGGGUACAUGCCAGUCUAUUCAAUACGUUAAACGAAAUCGACUCUGUUUUCUGACAGAAUUUUGCACUGCUCAACAAUUUUUACAUUGCAAGCCAUUAAAAAUAGAAAAACCAGUAUAGAAAAUUAA